CGACUUCGUAUCUUCUGCGGGUGGCCGCCGCUGGCCUCAGCUAGCCGCGAGGGUGCCAGAUCCACCCAGCACACAUGCAACAUUUCCGCGCCUAUGCAGGCAUCCUAUGGCUUCGUUCACGCUGCACUCGCCGUAGACUACAGCUCGCGCUUAAGACGGCAUGUCGAAACUGUCCUACGCCUGGUCGGUCAUGCGUCCAGUAGAGGCUGACCAAUAGCCGCUUAUCCAAGCACAUGCAUGAGGCUCUUCUCCGUGCCUGUGUCCGCCCCAUAUAUUCGAGUAGGAAUGCCGUCGCCGCUCGUAUAGCACUCGUUGACCUGUAUCGCGUGGACGGUUUUUGUUCAUGGGUCAUUGUGUAACGCUUGGAGGUAUUAUUGGAACCGACAGUGUAACUUGACACCGCGAAAAACGGCCCUCGCUAUACCCCUCCAGCCAUGCAGCACGGCGGGCGAGGCGCUUUGGACGACGACUCCGCAUCUCGGAUGAGCGAGUCAUCGUCACCGCCGCCAUCAGUAUCAUCGUCCAGUAGGGAGACCAGAACAGCCGACACCACGUACCACCCGCCAAUCUCAAUCGAUCCACAUGAUGAUGCCGAGGCAGGGUCUCCUACCGACGACGACAUGAACCGUUGCGAUGGAGACGAGGGGGGGCUGGUGCUUAAGUCAUGCUUGCAGGAAAAGGGAACUAGAACUGGAGGUUUCUUUCACCGACUCGUGGGCGGCAAGCAGCAUAAGUACCAGGUCGGCAACGCAGCUAUCGUCGGCAACCUGAACUCGAUACCUGUCGACACCUCCACAAAGGAGGAGGCCCGACCGCCGCUGACGCGCGUGACAUCCGAUGUCUUGGAAGACAUUCCGCUGCAUGAAGAUCACGGGGGGGCGUCCGCCACAAUACCACCGACAAGGUCGUCGCACAUCGACCACACGAGCCCCCACUCGUCGUUUAUCGCCCCAGAAGUGGUCAUCCACGACUCCCCGUCCAAGCCUUCAACCACCGCCACCAUAGGUGACAAUCCACACAUAACUAAGGCCAGCUACCGGCAUCCCAUCCUACACAAACAACAACCCUCAUCAUCCCCCUCCUCCGUUGGGGAUCCAACCACCCAUCCGACUACUGGGGGUGGUAGUUCACACAAAGAAGAGCCGCAGCCAUUGCUGGUGCUCCUCACCAUUGUCAGUGCAUCGGGCUUAUUGAAAGUCCACAAGUUUGGCGUGCAAGCCCCGUACCUAGAGAUGAAGGUCAGCUCCGACGACUCGUCGCCGUUCCGGACGGUCGAGUGCAAGAAGGGCGGCACCGAAGCCGUGUGGAACCAGACGUUUACGAGACGUCUCCAGUCCCUCGACGACUCGUUGUACGUGGCCGCGAAAGCCAGCACUACCGUGAUCGGGGAGCUCGUCGUGUCGUUCCGAACGCUAGACCUGUCGCCUUCGCUGACCAACCACACGCUACAGCUGACACGGGGCAAGGCGGCCGAGCCCGUGGGGCACAUUUGCAUGCAAUGUCGCAUUUUGGACUCGACAGCCUCGACACCAACGACCUCCCCGACACCCGCCCCCGUCGCGCCGCUGCCCCAGCAGCAAUCCGUGGCCCUCCCGAUGCCGUCGUGCGUGGACAAGCCGGUCGAGCCCAAGGUCUCCGUCGCCAAAGUCAAGUAUAACGACGUCGGGUCCGACACUGGGCUAUGGGACGCGGCCAUUCGACACGGCGCGUUGAUGUUUAAGAUUCCGUACCACGAAAGCAGCGGGGCCGCGCCCAAGCGCAAGUGGGUAGCCCUUCAGGACCUGCCGAAGAAGGGGCUGUGCAUCACAUGGACGGACCCGCAGCACUCGGUCGAGUCGACGUCAAGCCAGCACUUGCUCCCUCUGCACGACGUCGUGGAGGUCAAGACCGGGAUCAAAACCCUAGCGUUCCGCAAACAACACGCCGCCCAAGGCAAAGCCAACACGUUUUUCCACGAAGAUGUAUGUUUUUCGCUGAUUUCAGCGUCGCGGUCGUUGGAUCUGGCGGCCGCGAGCAAGGAGGAGGCGACGCUGUGGGUCGCGUCGCUGCGCCGAAUGCUCCAGCACCAAACCACGACGCCAACGUCGACAUCGUGUUCGAUCGUCGGCGGCGGGGGACGACUUCGCACGUCGGCCAAGAUCAUGCAAGACUUCAAAACGUCCGCGACAAGGGACAAAUCCACCCACGCCAUGUGGAUGCAAGACCUGUUCCGAUACGCCAAGGGCCAGCAAUUAUCCGAGAUUGCGCACUUUCUCAUGGACGGGUGCCCCGUGGACCUUCUGGAGCCACAGACAGGCGACACGAUCCUCUUUCUCGCGUGCCGCGCCGGCCAUGUGGCCCUCCUCGAACUGUGUCUCAAGUGGGGAGCCAAGAACGACCCGCACCCGACGUUCGGCGACACGGCGCUCCAGAUCGCCGUCAAGGCGUCCCAGCCCGAGUGUGUUAGGCAGCUGCUGUCCAUCGCCGCCAAGAGCGACAUGGACACGGAAAUCGUCAACCACGUCGACCACGCCAACCAGGCGCCGCUCCACGUGGCAGCCUCCCAGGGAGAUGUCGUGUGUCUGCAGCUGCUGCUCCACCACGGCGCCGACAUCUGUGUCGUGCAGGCCAACGGGCACACACCGCUGCACUGCGCCGUCUUGGGGGGCCACGAAAGUUGCGUGGCGUAUAUUUUAGAUGUGGGGGGCGAUGCCAUCAUCAACACGGGGGACUGCCACGGCAACACGCCGCUGCACUGCGCGGUUACGUUGGGCCACGAAGGGCUGGUCAAGUUGCUCCUCGAGAGCGCGGCCGACGUCACGUUGCUCAACAACGAGCACCUGACGCCGUACAAGCUGGCUAGACGAAACCCCAAGAGCCGGGCAAUUCAAGCACUGCUGGCGAUUUACGAGCCCGAACCCCCGCCAACCCCGAGCAAAGAACAGCCCCGCAAUCUGUGGCAGUCGACGCCGCACUCGCAGUCGGCCCGCCUGCAAGUUCGAGAUGCGAUCAUAAAACAAAAGUCCCAAAUGUUAUCGUCCCCUGCCAAGUCACUGAGCGCCCGGUCUGCGUCGGAAGGAGAGUUUGACGGGUACACCAGCAGCAGCUCGGCCACAUCCUGCUCGGUGGGUACCCUCAGCAGCAGUAGUAUCAGCACUUCUGGGCCGUCGUCGUUUUGUUUUCAAGACUAUCGCCACCAACCAGCAGCAUCGCAGUAUUACCACCAUUCACAUAACACACAGCCUCACCACCUAUCCACACACCAUCAAGUACCCACCACGGCGCAACCCCAACUACAUCAGCACCACCACGUCGGCGUUCCCCCAUCCCAGCAAUACCCUGCUUAUGCCGCUUACGACUGGAGCCAUGACUGGGAAGUCAAGUACACCAGCGAAGGCCACGCGUAUUAUGUCGACUUGUACACUGGGGUAUCUCAGUGGGACGCCCCGCCCGCUCUGCAAGGCUACGACCCGUACAUCUCACAUACACCCUACGACCAACAACUCCCAGCCGUUCCUGCUGCUUAUGACUCUACGAGUCAAUACAUCCGACCCCAGGUGGAGACUGAAGCAGUCUUCCACCACCACAACAAUACCAUCGGCAGCAGCCACGUCGUACCGCCGCCGCCAGCUGUGUACACCAGCACCCCCACCCUCCCCGUCUAUCCCCCGUUAGCUACAUCCUCGGCGACUUCGUCCCCGUCUGCGUCCCCUCGUUCUAAAACCAGCUUUUCUGAGCGGCGUAAACUCGAAGGGUUGUCCAUCGAACCGCUCAAAGUCGUGACGACCCUGCCCGAUCAAGGACUGAAUUUAAAGCUGGAUAAGGUCAACGACGACGGCGACAUGUUUCAAAAGUCUCGGUCGCGAUCUCCCAAGGGCAAAUCCAAAACUGUCAAGGUGUUGGACAUCAAGCGCGCCAACAAUAUUGUCAUGACGUUGUCAGAUUUUGAGUUUCACACUCAGUUUAAUACAAUCACACAGGCCAUUGUCGACAUGGACGACCAAGCCCUCACGUUGGAAAAGGUGCGAUGUCUCAAGGGCCUAUUCCCCACCGACGACGAAAAGGACAGCUUGCUCGCGCGACAAGCAGACAAAGGAGAGUUUGGCAAGGCGGAAAAGUUCAUGAUGGCAUGCUUGGAUGUCGACGACAUCAACAUUCGCGCCGACUGCUUUCUGUUCAAGUUAAAGUUUGCGAAAACGAUGUCGCAGCUGCAAACCCGCGUGCAGUUGGUCAUCACGAUCUGCCAAGUCAUUUUAGACACCCCCGGGUUGUGCCGGUUGCUUCACCAGAUGCUAGACGACAAGAAGCAAAAGGUCAUAUGGGAAGACGACAAAUACACCCAGCUGCUCGACGCGGGCCAAAUGUCGGGCGACAUCCCCCUUGGCCAACUCAACAAGCUCCGACGCAUCGAGUCUGUGCCAGACAUUUCGUGUCUGCUGCGGUCAGAACUGCAGGACGUGCUGGACUCGCUCAUCAACGGCUGCCGCGCGUGCCAGAAUUUGCUCUCGCAAGUGAAAUGCAACCGACUCAAAGCCGCCGAAGCUCUCCCCUCUGGUUCCACUCGUACGCUCAUGGGAAUUCCAGCAGCGGCCGAGUUUGAACGGUUCAUCAAGGCCAGCGUUGGGGACAUCAACGAUGCCACUGACGAGUUCCGGCAAGCCAAAGCCUGGGAGAACAAACUAGUGUCGGAAUUUGGCGUCGUGCUCGAAGACUUCAGUCCGCUCGAGAUUUUGUGUGCCGUCAAGCAACUACUCUUAGCAGCAUGAUAGUCGAGUAGCGUUACGUCCGAUAAUAUAGGAAUAGAACAUAACAGGACGACGAUCCCCCCCGCCGUGCGUGGUAGCGUUGGAUGGGGGGUCUAGUCGAUACAGCGUUGAGGUCGAGA